AUGGAUUGGAUGAAAAAUGAAAAGGUACUAAACUUCCUUCAGGAGGUUGCUGCCUACCUGAGGUAUCAGGAGCUGGCUCACAAGGAUAGUGUUAAACUUCGUGAGUCCUACGGUUCGGGGAUGAAUAUGAAGGAGUUUGUUUACCCCAUGCUUCAGGCCUAUGAUUUUCUUCAUCUUUACCAAAACCACGACUGUCGCGUUCAGCUUGGUGGUAAUGAUCAAAUUGGCAAUAUUGAUACAGGAAUCGCUCUUAUUAGACGCAAACUAGCUGGAAAUGCUUUCGGUCUGACGGUUCCCCUAUUGUUGGCGGCCGAUGGCACUAAGAUAGGAAAGACUACAUCGAACAACCAGGACGAUGUGAUAUGGCUGAAUCCCAGGUAUCUUCGACCCUUCUACUUCUUUCAGAAGGUUCUUAACCUCCCCGACAAACUCAUGACUCCAGAACUCCUCAAGUGUCUCUCCUUCUUUUCCGUGGAGGAGAUUGAACAGCUGCUGAAUAAUCCAUCACGUAGGCCUGCUCAGCGUGCUUUGGCCCAAGAACUGACGCUCCUCGUCCAUGGAGCGGGUUGCCUCCAAGCAAGCGAAUUAGCCUCUCGCGUUCUCUACGCCUCGAGCUCCAUCAACACCACUCAAAUGCUACCAAUGUUAGCACUAUCGGAGGGGUUGAGCCCCACAGAGCGCAACUUUUUGGUGGCCUGUUUGGCGCACUACACCGCGCCGCAGGAAGGUCCCUUGCCAGUUAUUCACGACAAGGCACCCUCAGAUGCGGGGCCCCUAGACCGCCUUCACGAAGUCCUCAAGGUUGCAAUCUCCAGCGGGUGCGAUUGCGGCAUCGGUGUCUUGGUGCAAGAUCGCGGGGUCACCCUCAAUGGGCACCAGUUGCUUCCUGCCUCUUCUAGCGUCAAAAGUGCGGGCAGGUCCUGCUCGGACUGCACGGACCGUCGGUGCCUUCGACAACUCUUCGCCUCCUCGAAGGCAGCAGUUGAGGAGGCCUGGCAGGCGGCUGAUCCUGCAACAGGCUUAAGCAUCCUUCAAAUUGGAAAACGCUUCGCUUGGUUUAUCGUGCCUUUCGAGAAAGUCCGCAACUAUUGA